CAGGAGUAGAACUCAACAUUAUAUAAGAGCCGCCGCUUGGCCGCUGUUUUGAUAUAGCAUAUAGCACUCCUUACUACCGUUCGUUUCGCUGCUCGACGUGACAAAAAGAUGAAAACGUUUGCUUCGUUCGCCCUGUGCGUCCUUUUUGCUGCCGUGUCCGUCACGGCGCAACUGUCGAUGCGCGAGCUGGCCGAAAUUACCGAAGACUAUCGGGUGCGUUUCGACGAGCUGCACGAAGACAAGGACGAUUUCAUUCGCCUUGCCCGCGUGCUGAUUCGGGCCGAGCUGAAGGGCCUGAACGAGGCGACGCUGGUCAAUCUCGGCAACGCUCGCAACGAUAUCGACGAUAUCCUGGCCGACACGCGCGAAGAGAUUGCCAAUGCCAUUCUCGAACCGAACGCGAACGAACAGUGCCUGCUCGGACUGGUUGACCGGGUGAUUGAGGAGGGCCGUCGUGCCGGCGAGGGCAUGAGCUCCUGUGCCGCCGACAAGAUCCAGAUCAAGGAGGGACUGGGCGACGAGUUCCGGGCGCUGACCAACACGCUGCAGCGCAUCGCUACCGCUGCGUCCGAGUACACGCUGUACACGUUCGCCAUUCACAACUCGUUCACCGAUCCGGAGGAGCACGUGGAGUGGCUGGAGGAGAACUUCGCCAACCAGGUCGAGUUCUGGGACAAUGUGGCGCGCCCGGAAGCGCAGGAAGAUCUGGACAAUCUGGAAAUCAACCGCCCGGCACUGGUGGAGGAAAACCGUGUCUGUCUGAGCGCGGUCAUUGCAAGCCUCAACACGGCGAUGAAUACCGUGCGCGGUCAGAUCAACAGCUGCUAACUGGGAAGGAUACAUCGGUACAGCAUCUGUUAGAGACUGCAGGCUUUCCCAUCGUUUCUGCAUUUCCUGCGUAACCGUUGUGCAAUAAACUAUUAGCGUUAAAUAUGCGGUUGCAUAGAAUAUAA